AACCGGGAGGAGAACCGGCAGGAGAACCGGGAGGAGAAGAACCGGGAGGAGAAGAACCGGGAGGAGGAAAAGAACCGGGAGAAGAACCGGGAGAGGAAGAACCGGGAAAGGAAGAACCGGGAGCAGAAGCAGCACCGGGAAGGGAAGAACCGGGAGAAGAACCGGGAGGAAAAGAACUGAUAGAAGAACCGGGAACAGAACCAGCACCGGGAGGAGGAGAAGCAGCACCGGGAGAAGAACCGGGAGCAGAACCGGCACCGGGAAGAGGAGAAGCAGCACCGGGAGAAGAACCAGGAGCAGAACCAGCACCGGGAGGAGCAGCAGCAGCACCGGGAGAAGAACCGCCAGCAGAACCGGCACCGGGAGGAGCAGCAGCAGCACCGGGAGGAGAACCGGGAGCAGCAGCAGCAGCACCGGCAGGAGAACCGGCAGCACCGGCAGCACCGCGAGGCUCCGCUCCAUGCGGCGCUGAGCCCCGCCGAGCCCCGCGGAGCCAUGGCCAUGGUGGCCGGCGCUUGGGGCGAACCGAACGGCGGCGGAGCCGGUGGCACCGGCGGCGGCGGCGGAGGAGCGGAGGAGGCGGCGUCCCCCGGUGGCGGCGGCAGCGACGCGGAGCACGGCGAGGAGGAGCGGCCCGGGGCCGGCGCGGACUGCGUGGUGUGCGGGGAUAAAUCCAGCGGGAAGCACUACGGGGUGUUCACCUGCGAGGGCUGCAAGAGCUUCUUCAAACGCAGCAUCCGCAGGAACCUCAGCUACACCUGCAGAUCCAACCGGGAUUGCCAGAUCGACCAACACCACCGGAACCAGUGCCAGUACUGCCGCCUCAAGAAGUGCUUCCGAGUGGGAAUGAGGAAGGAAGCCGUCCAGCGCGGCCGCAUCCCCCCCAGCCACUCCUCGGGCAGCCCCAACCCCAUCCCAGCGGGCGAAUUCUUCAACGGGCAGCCCCUGUCGGAGCUCAUCUCCCAACUCCUCCGCGCCGAGCCCUACCCGGCGGCGCGCUACGGCUCCCAGUACGCCCAGCCCGGCGGCCUCAUGGCCAUCGACAACAUCUGCGAGCUGGCCGCCCGCCUCCUCUUCAGCACCGUGGAGUGGGCCCGCAACAUCCCCUUCUUCCCCGACCUCCCCGUCUCCGACCAAGUGGCGCUGCUCCGCCUGAGCUGGAGCGAGCUCUUCGUGCUCAACGCGGCGCAGUCGGCGCUGCCGCUGCACGUGGCGCCGCUGCUGGCGGCCGCCGGCUUCCACGCCUCGCCCAUGGCGGCCGACAGGGUGGUGGCGUUCAUGGAUCAGAUCCGGCUCUUCCAGGAGCAGGUGGAGAAGCUCAACCGGCUGCAGGUGGAUUCGGCCGAGUACAGCUGCCUCAAGGCCAUCGCGCUCUUCACGCCCGACGCCUGCGGGCUGUCGGACGCGGCGCACGUGGAGACGCUGCAGGAGAAGGCGCAGGUGGCCCUGACGGAAUACGAGCGCUCCCAGUACCCCUCGCAGCCCCAGCGCUUCGGCCGCCUCCUGCUGCGGCUCCCGGCCCUGCGCGCCGUCCCCGCCUCCCUCAUCUCCCAGCUCUUCUUCAUGCGCCUCGUGGGGAAGACGCCCAUCGAGACACUGAUCCGGGACAUGCUGCUGUCCGGCAGCACCUUCAACUGGCCCUACGGGGCCGGACAAUAGGGGACGGACGCUCCCGCAGCGGGAAUGCCGGAUUCGGGAUCGGCCGCUCCCCGCGGGAAUGGGGGCGCGGCCCACGGGGUGGGGCCCGGAGAGCGGCGGGGUUGGCGCCAAAGGUUUUUGGGGUCAUGGUGUUGUCCCAAAGUUUCCGGAUUCUGAAAGGUUUUGGAGGCGUGGGGUUGUCCCAAAAGGUUUUGGGAUUCCAGGAAGUUUUGGAACCGUGGGGUUGUCCCAAAAGGUUUUGGGAUUCCAAGAAGUUUUGGGGUCCUGGCAUUGUCACCAAGAGUUUUGGGGUCCUGGUGUUGUCCCAAAAUGUUUCGGGAUUCUGAAAGGUUUUGGAGGCGUGGGGUUGUCCCAAAAGGUUUUGGGAUUCCAGGAAGUUUUGGAGC